AUGGAUAAGUCUUGGAUUUCAAAGCUACAUACCACACCUGAAUAUGAAAUUGGAUUAGAUAUAUUCUUAGAUUUUGCUUUUAAGAAUGUGGCUGUUUCAGAUACAAUACGAUGUCCAUGCCCGAUGUGUAGGUUUUUGAAACCGCAAACUAGAAGUGUAGUUAGGGAUCACUUACUAUGCAAACCAUUUCCUAAGAACUAUGUCGUAUGGACCCUUCACGGUGAGAGAAAACUUCCAGAGUCUUCUAGAAAUGAAGACUUUGUGCAAGAUAAGUUUCAAUCAUAUAAUAUGAUGGAAACAAUGCUCAAUGAUGCAUUUGGUAACUAUAGGCAAGAUGCUGCUAAUUUAAAUGAAUCAGACCCGAUAGCCUUAGAGGACAUACCUAAUGAAGGGACAAGAGCUGAUAGCGGUGAUUUUCGUGAGUUUCUCAACGAUGGAAGCCAGAUAUUGCAAGAAGGAAGCAAGUAUACAAAACUUGAAUUUAUAAUCAAAUUAUAUCAUAUAAAGGUAUUGUGUGGAUUAAGUGACAAAGCAAUUACUAUGAUAUUAGAUUUGUUGAGAGAUGCGUUUCAACAAGCAAAGUUACCUCAUUCAUUUUACGAGGCAAAGAAAGCCAUCAAUAAACUUGGUCUUAAUUAUACAAAGAUAGAUGCAUGUCCAAAUGAUUGUAUGUUGUUCUUGGGAGACGACGAAAAAGAACUACAAGAAUGCAAGCAUUGUGGAGCAUCUCGAUGGAAUCCUAAGAAGAAGAAGAAGCAAGCUGCAAAGGUGUUACGUUACUUUCCACUAAAAACAAGAUUGCAAAGAUUGUUCAUGUGUUCUAAGACUGCAGAGCAUAUGAGAUGGCAUGCUUCGGGAAAUAACAAUGAUGGACUAUUAAGACAUCCAAGGGAUGGUGAAGCAUGGAAGAACUUUAAUUUAAUUCAUCCCGAGUUUGCCUCAGAUCAUCGAAAUGUUCGCUUGGGACUUGCCAGUGAUGGUUUUAACCCAUUUGGGACCAUGAAUUCUAAAUAUAGUGUUUGGCUAGUGUUCUUGAUCCCAUAUAACUUUCCUCCUUGGAUGUGUAUGAAGCACACUUCCUUCAUCUUGUCAAUGAUCAUUCCUGGGAAAUCGAGUCCCGGAAAUAAUAUAGAUGUUUACUUACAACCCCUUGUGAAUGAGUUAAAGGAGCUAUGGAAUGAUGGCGUGGUAACAUUUGAUGUAUCCAUGAAUGAAAGUUUUAGAAUGCGGGCAGCUCUUAUGUGGACGAUUAGUGACUUUCCGGCUCUAGGUAAUCUGUCUGGUUGGAACACACAUACAGGUUUAGCUUGCCCAAAUUAUAAUUUUGACUCAUAA